AUGUUCCGUCCUGUGUUGAAGGUGAGGCCAUCGUUCUCGUACCCAUAUAGCAUUGUUUCUUCGAGGUCAGUGAGACUAGCAUCUACUGCCACUGCCAACGCUAACACUGCCGCUGCCACUUCUACAGUUGCUGCCCAUGGUACCCAGGAGACGCCCUUUGACUUUGAAGGCCACUUCGAGAGCGAGUUGGCCAAGAAGAGACUGGAUAAGUCGUACAGGUACUUCAAUAACAUCAACAGGCUUGCGAAGGAGUUCCCCUUGGCUCACCGUCAGUUAGAGGACGAUAAAGUCACUGUGUGGUGUUCCAACGAUUACUUGGCUUUGUCUAAGAACCCCCAAGUCUUGGACGCUAUGCGCAAGACCAUCGACAAGUACGGUGCUGGUGCAGGUGGUACCAGAAACAUUGCCGGCCACAACAUUCCAACCAUGAGACUGGAGGCUGAGCUAGCGGCCUUGCACAAGAAGGAAGGUGCUCUAGUGUUCUCCUCUUGUUAUGUUGCCAACGAUGCCGUCAUCUCUCUAUUGGGUCAAAAGGUGAAGGACUUGGUGAUCUUCUCCGAUGAACUAAACCAUGCCUCCAUGAUCGUUGGUAUUAAGCACGCCAACAGACCUAAGCACAUCUUCAGACACAACGACUUGGCUCAGCUGGAGGAGAUGCUACAGAUGUAUCCAAAGUCUACUCCAAAGUUGAUCGCUUUCGAGUCUGUCUACUCUAUGGCUGGUUCUGUUGCAGACAUCAACAAGAUAUGUGACUUAGCUGAGAAAUACGGUGCGCUAACUUUCCUAGAUGAAGUGCAUGCCGUCGGUCUAUACGGUCCACAUGGUGCCGGUGUCGCUGAGCAUUGUGACUUCGAAGCCCACCGUGUUGCAGGUAUCGCCACUCCACCACAAGGUGACAACGGUAGACUCAGAACAGUCAUGGACCGUGUUGAUAUGAUUACCGGUACUUUGGGUAAGUCCUUCGGUACUGUUGGUGGUUACGUCGCUGCUUCGAGCAAGCUAAUCGACUGGGUUAGAUCUUACGCCCCAGGUUUCAUCUUCACCACUACCUUGCCUCCAGCUGUCAUGGCUGGUGCUGCUGAGGCCAUCAGAUUCCAACGUUCUCACUUGAACUUAAGACAAGAUCAACAAAGGCACACCGCAUACGUCAAGAAAGGUUUGCAUGAUCUUGGCAUUCCAGUUAUUCCUAACCCAUCCCACAUUGUCCCAGUUCUAAUUGGUAACCCAGAUUUGGCUAAGCAAGCCUCUGAUAUUCUAAUGGAAAAGCAUCGCAUCUAUGUUCAAGCUAUCAACUUCCCAACUGUUUCUCGUGGUACCGAGAGAUUGAGAAUUACUCCUACCCCAGGUCACACAAACGAUCUAUCUGAUAUUUUGAUUGCUGCAGUCGAUGAUGUCUUUAAUGAAUUGCAAUUGCCACGUAUCAGAGAUUGGGAAAUGCAAGGUGGUCUAUUGGGUGUCGGUGACAAGAACUUCGUCCCAGAACCAAAUCUAUGGACUGAAGAGCAACUAUCUUUCAGCAACGAGGAUUUGAACUCUAACGUCUUUGAGCCAGUUAUCGACCAACUUGAAGUUUCCAGUGGUGUCAAAUUAUAA